UUUUUGUUGAUUCCAAGCCUGAACUCACCUGAACACGGAGGAGCUGCUCAGGGACCGGUUCAAAGUUCUGUUUCAGAGAAGGUCUUUCGGAUCUUCUGACUCUGUAAACCGGCCCUGAUCCAUCUGACCCACAUCUGUAAACCAGUAGGUACUGGUCUGAUCCACUGGUCAGAAAGCAGUAGGGGAUGAGAUCUGAUCGUCCACCUGCUGAAAAUCGUCCUGCUGGAAGUUUCAACCGGAGCAUCCUCAUCAUCAGGUGUUGUGAUGUCACAGCGUGACGUCAUCGACUUCGCGGCACUGGAGAAGGAGCUGCAGGCAGCGGUGGAGUCUGAGAGAAGAUACCAGCGAGAGAACCAAGCCAAGCUGAGGGCCGUGAGCCAGGGAGUGGGAUACGAUCAGUUCAGAGGUCUGGUUCUGUCUUCUCACCUGAAGCCUUUGGACAAGAAGGAAAAAGAUGGAGCUCCACGGAAACAACCAUGGAACCCUGUUGCUCCAGGAAACAAGUGAUGGACCAUCACUCGAGGCAACAUGGAUCAAUCUUCAUCCAGGAUAACCUCUGUGUUGUGGUCCAGCUGUUUCUUCUCUUUGGUUUAUGAAAAUGUCAGAUUCAGAAGAUGUCACAUGAUGUAAAAGCAUUAUUUUGAUUUUUAUCUUUUUAAUAAACAAGAACUGCAGACGUAAA